UCUUCCUCCCCUCCCACUGAGUGACGUCGACUACGUUCGGGUCCCGCCCUCUUUCGCGGCGCUGCAGCCCAGGCGACAGUUGGCCGCCCGCCGUUGCUGGGGCGACGGUGACUAAAAGUUUUUAAAAUUUAAACGGAGAGAGGAGAAGACUAAACCCCAGCACGGCGUUCCCGAUAUUAUAGUGUCUUGACGAUUUGGAGGCGAUCCCGUCGUCGAAAGUGACCAAAAAGUUGUCAACCGGCAGCCGGGUCAAAGGUCAGGGGCAAGAGACAUGAUGGAGACAGAUUGAGGUAUUCAGAUUCCCUGCUGUUGAAGAUGAAGACAGAUACUUUGACCUACCCUAGAAAGAUGUACGCCCCUCAGAACUAUGCGGAUGAAGACAGUCUCCCCGUUCGGGCGGUGCCAAGACCGCUGGAUGUAGAGCCAGUUCGGAUGGACUCCCUCUCUGACCUGGAUGUGUCCCUGACACCCGACAAGAUUGGCAAGUCCGUGGGAAUACUGAAAAAGCGAGAAGGGCCAGGCAGCGAUGUGGCAAGCAGGAGAGUCAGCCGGCGGCAGGUACGGUUUGACACUGACCCUGGCUCGGAGGGCUCUGACAAGAAAGCAUUAAUCCCAGGUGACCCAGACCACCAGGAAGACGGCACAAGCCCUGUGGACACAGCUCCGGAAUUGGCUUCCGAGGGGACGGAAUCGAACGUUCAGACUGUGACCAAUCCAUCCUCCAGCAACGAGAAGGCUAAAGGCCCCAGAGACCACGGCGACUCACGGAAGACCAGAGCAGUCAAAGCAGCCAGGCCAAGCAGGGCUUGCAAGCCCCCUCGGCAGGGAGGGCUCCUGGGGGGUACUGAGGACCAUGGGGCCCCUCCCCUUGCCAUCCCGGAGUAUAACACCACCCUGGCAUUGGGGCAGGAGCUUCAGCAGCUGAGGAAAGCAGGCUUUGAUGCGAAAAAAGCUGCCGCAGAGCAGCUGAAGAGGUCGUCGGUGACAAGGAAUUGCGUAGAGGGGAAAGUGUCGGAAGGCCUGAACGUACCAAAGGACCAACAACGUUACAAAGGACUGGUGAGCCUGGAGGUGCCUGUGGAUGAAGUGCUGAGUGUGGCUGCACAGGAGAAAAUGCUGCUGGUCAAACCGAGGCCAGAGAGCAAGAAGCAGGUCACUGAGAUGGAAGCCCCUGAUCUCAUGAUGUUCUAUGAUCCACUGGAGCUGUUAACGGAGACCCCUUACCUCUCCGUGGAGGGCCUGCCUGACUUGAAGGUGCAGCCACAGCCAAAACCUGCUGCUUCAUCCUUUGACCUUUUUCGCAAGCUAAAACAGUGGGAGUCCUAGCUACAGCAAGACUGCAGGAUGGAAAGCUGUGGGAAUGUAUACUCAGUGUAAAAAGUGUACAUAUAUAUAAUUUAUAUCAGUCCUUUCAGCUGUAUAAUGUCAUUCCCAAUUAUGUUGAUGAAAACCGGUGGAUUUUGGAACAUUUCAAGACAGGACACUUUGAAAUUGGGCAAAGUAUUUUAACAUUGAAAUAUGAAUAUGUGGUGCUAGAAUAAGGUUUUUCUCACGUAAUGCUGCUGGUGACAGUAUUCCGAAACUCCCUCUAGCAACUAACAUUUCUUCAGUAACUAAUACCGUGAAGCACCAUAUUCAGUUUCAGAAUUACCCAUCAAUGCAGUGAACAAACCUCCAAACUUAUCGAAAUGGGCCAAACAGGUUCGCAAGUAGGAUUCUGAAGGGCUCUGCUCCCCUCUUAGACCACAGGGUCCACACCUUUAGGAAAAUGGAGAGAAAUCCGUCAAGUUUCUCUUCUUGCUUUUGGCCUACCUGAAAUAGGCCAAAGCCUUCCCUCAGGUCCCCAUGGAGAUGGGCAAUAAUGGUUCUAGGCUCAGUGUCACCUGCUGUGGAGGCACUGUUCGCACACAAGCUCCCACGGACAGCAAUGGAGGCAGGUGACCAUAUAGUCUGAUCUUGGUACUGGUUAGUUCAGAAGGAAUCUUGACCAGGAGAGAAUUUUCCUUUUUAACGCCCCACUCCAGUGGAAAAAUGUGUACUCCUCACGUUGGUGAAGACGGAAUUAGGCUAGUGUUCAGUUCACAGGCACAGUCAUCCCACUCCCUGACAGCUCCGAAAGAGUGUUUCAUAGAUUGUUUGCUCUUUUGUGGCUCUGAAUCCCCUCCCAGUAAGCAGCAUUCAGGAAUUUGAUCAUCACUCACCUUUUAUACUGCACAUUGCCAAUUUUAAAUAAUACAAAUUUUGUAAUUUUGUUUGCAUAACAAACUGAC